AGCUGGAGCGAAAACUUCAUUUCCCGGCAACCUUUGCAUAAACAAGCAGACGUCCAGUCAACGAAAACUACAGAUCCCGACGUGCAAGAUUGGACCACAAUUCCCAGAGAGUGUCAAGCGACGCCUGCGCAGCGUUUACAGGCGCUCGGGCCAUUUAAAUGUGUGUGAGGGAGAGAGAGCGAAAUGGCUGCGCAGGUCGCUGCGGUACGCGCCGUGUCCCGGGGCGCGGAAGAGACGCCUUCGCUGCCACUCGGCGACCGGCCUGGUCGACCGAGGGGAGGAGGGAGGAAGCGGAAAGGUCCUCUCGGGGAUGCCGGGAGCUGCAAGAGGGCGAAGUUGAGCCAGCCCCCGCUGACGGUGAGGCCCUCUCAGGCAGAGCCGCUGCCGCCGGCCUCCGUUCCCGGCCUCCCAGCGACUCCGGCCGUGCCUUCCGCCCCCGCUGGGCUUUUCACUUUCUCUCCUCUUAGCCUGCCCCCGCAGGCCCUGCACUGCGAGCGACGACAUCACCACCGACACCGGCACCGUCCGGAUAGCGGGGACUCGGAGCCUGGCCGUUCCUCUGGGGAGAAGCCCCACAAGGGUAGGCGGGGAAGCUCCGGGGACGGGGCUCUUGGGCGGCCCAGCAAGAGAGAAACCCGAGAUGAAAAUGGCAAGACAGAAAGAUCUGACAGUCUUAUUGUAAAGAAAAUAAAGAAGAAGAAGAAAAAGAAACACAGAGAAGACAUGAGAGGGAGGCAUCUGAAAAUGUACAACAAAGAAGUACAGACAAUGUGUGCUGGUCUUACCCGUAUCAGCAAAGAGACUUUGACUCCAGAGGAGAGUGAUAAUUUGGAAGAGAACAAGGAAUCUUUUAGGUAUCUAAAAGACGAACAGCUGUGUCAGUUGAAUGUGGGCAUGGAGGAAUAUAGGAUACCCCAGGGGGUGCAGUCUCCAUUUACUACCCACCAAGAGCAUUCUGUUCGCAACAGCUUCUUAAAAACAGGCACUAAAUUUAGUAAUUUUAUUCAUGAAGAACAUCAAUCAAAUGGAGGAGCUCUAGUUCUUCAUGCCUAUAUGGAUGAACUCUCAUUUUUGUCUCCAGUGGAGAUGGAGAGAUUUGCAGAAGAGUUUCUUGCUUUGACAUUCAGUGAAAAUGAGAAAAAUGCAGCUUAUUAUGCUCUAGCGAUAGUUCAUGGGGCAGCUGCAUACUUGCCAGACUUCUUGGAUUACUUUGCUUUCAAUUUCCCUAGCACUCCAGUGAAAAUGGAAAUCCUUGGCAAAAAAGACAUUGAAACAACCACCAUUUCAAACUUUCACACUCAGGUCAGUCGAACGUACUGCUGUGGAACUUACAGAGCAGGUCCGAUGAGGCAGAUCAGUCUUGUUGGAGCAGUAGAUGAAGAAGUUGGAGAUUAUUUUCCAGAAUUUCUUGAUAUGUUAGAAGAAUCUCCAUUUCUUAGAAUGACUUUGCCUUGGGGUACUCUUUCGAGUCUCAGACUUCAGUGUAGGUCACAAAGUGAUGAUGGGCCCAUUAUGUGGGUAAGACCUGGUGAACAGAUGAUCCCAACAGCUGAUAUGCCAAAGUCACCAUUCAAAAGGCGCAGAUCUAUGAAUGAAAUAAAAAAUCUCCAAUAUCUACCUCGGACCAGUGAACCCCGUGAAGUUCUCUUUGAAGACAGAACAAGAGCGCAUGCUGAUCAUGUUGGGCAAGGGUUUGAUUGGCAGAGUACAGCUGCUGUUGGAGUUUUAAAAGCUGUGCAGUUUGGUGAAUGGAGUGACCAGCCUCGUAUAACCAAAGAUGUUGUUUGUUUUCAUGCUGAAGAUUUCACUGAUGUAGUUCAAAGACUUCAGUUGGAUCUGCAUGAACCUCCAGUAUCACAGUGUGUUCAAUGGGUUGACGAAGCUAAGCUAAACCAAAUGAGACGAGAAGGGAUUCGUUAUGCCAGAAUCCAGCUAUGUGACAAUGACAUCUACUUCAUCCCUAGAAAUGUCAUUCAUCAGUUCAAGACAGUGUCAGCUGUCUGCAGUUUAGCUUGGCAUAUAAGGCUCAAACAAUACUAUCCUGCGGCAGAGGAUUCUCAGUGUAUGGAAAACAUUUCAAAUACGGACACGGUGAAACUGGAAGGUGAAGACCAAUGUGUACUUAUGAAAAAAGAGACUGAAGAAGAAAGAGAAGUACAGACUACUGUGACAGUAGCAUCACCAUCACUGUUUUCAUCCCUGUCAUGACUUAUUCUGCAACAAGAUUACUGGUUUGCCCUUUCCAGCUUUUAAAACUAGAUUCAGAUCAGCAACACAAUCCACAGAAGGAUCAUAUACUCUUUCUUGUCUGAUAUGUACAUAAUCAUACAUUUUUAAACAGCUUUUUAAAAUUUUGAUGUGAAGUUAUAGUUUUAUAACUGGGUUAUGUUUUAUUGGAGAAAACUUGCCUAUAAUUCUAUAAAGAAAGGUGACAUUCCAAAAUGUCAAGCGUAUCUUUUUUACACAGAUUAUGCAAAAUUAGAGUUGUAUUUUAUUCCCUUAGUACAGCAUGUAGUAGUGGACUACAACUUUUUGCAUUUCUUUUUUUAAGGGAUGAGGUAAAUAAUUCAACAUCUCAAUAGUUUUCCUUCAGGAAUAUCAAGUAUUUAACACUUGAUAAGUCUGAUAACUUUUCAUCUAUUUUAUCUUUAGCUUUCAGCAUAAAAGGGAUGGUUUCUGUGGCAGAUUCACAAAGUGACUCUCCCUCCCAUUCAAUUAAUGGCUUGAAUGAAAGAGAAAGCACAGCACUUUUAAUGAUCAAUGACAUUUGUAUGUGUGAGAGAGUUUGAAAGCCUGGAGGAAGCUCAAGUUACCAGCAGUGUAGAUUAAUCCUUAAUUGCUUAAGAAGACAUUCAGUAAGAAGUUGAUGUAUGAGAUUAGUUGCAGAGUGUAUGAUCUUGUUGAAAUGAAAUUACUGAUACAACUCUUUCGUGGUCCUCUGCUUUUAAUGUAUAUUGGAAUAUUUUUUUAAUAUCUUUCCGAACUGCAUAACUUAAUACACUAGUGUCUAAUGAAAGUAAUUGUUAGCAGUCUCUUUGACGAAACUGCUGUCUUUGAGCACUUUAAGGAUUUACAAUAUUUAAACCAACUUGGUGGCUUGUUUAAUUCACAGUAGGCAUCUUAGAGGGAAACCAUCAACUCCUUCGCAUUGCGGCACUUAAUAUAAUAGGGCAGGUCUAUAUCUCCUUUAUUCUUUGAAAUUAUAUAUAACUGAUUCACAAUAAACUGUCACAUAAUCACAUAUGGAUUGCUACUUUUGCAAGUAAUUCUUGGAUUCCUUAAUGCUAUAUUGGAAGAUUAAACAGCACAUGUUAGUAUGUUCAGUAUAAUUGGCUUAUAUUAUUUAGCAUUCCUUCAAUAUUUCCCAGCAUUAAGUAGAUUCAGCUUUUAUUCAUUAUAUACAGAACAAUGUUUGUUUUGGAUAGUAAAAUGAAAUUGGGCCCCUCAUGUAGGAUCUGAACUUUUAUCACGAUUUAAUCAAAUUUAUUUGUAUUUUUAAAUCUGUUUUUUAAUGUAGAAGAGAGAAUGGGAGCGCUACACCAAUGCAAGUCAAGAAAACAGUUGUGGGGAAAAUGCAAAUAUUCGUAUGUUUGUAAUAGCAAUUACUUUGUGCAAUAUUGUUUUGUGUAGAUUAUAAGCAUAUUAGCACCUCAGUAUAGAGGACACAGUUUUAAACAAAUAGCAAAAUAAUCAGAAAACUUUGCAGUAUUUAGAUAGAACUUGUAUUACUCCUGAUAUAUACAUGUUUAUGUAUUGACUUUGGUGCAGUCCUAAAGACAAGUAGACAAUUUUCAACAAAUUGAAUUUCCAUACUGAAGUGGUAGGGACUUUCUAAGUAAUCUGUGUAAAUAAGGUGUUUAGGUUGAAACCUUUUUACAAAAGGUAGUGAGUUCUUAUACAGGAGUGUAGCUUUUAAUGAAAAAUUCUAGAUUGACCAAUACUGGUUCAGAAAACCUCUGUGUACUCUGGCUUUUUACAUUUUUUUACAGUUAUCCAGAAGAAUUUUCAAAAGCUGUAGCUGGCUGUCCUAAGUAAAAUUCUUCAUAGACAAUAUGGGCUUCAGUAAUUCAUUUAUGUUUCACCAACUCCACAUUUUUGCAUUUUUCUUCCACUAAUUUUCCUCGUCUUCCAAACAUCAAUUUCCCACAGUUAAUGUUAUGUAAAUAACAAAUUCAACUCCAGACAUGUCACUUGGAUAUUUCAACUGCAUUGAGUUGCACUGUGUACUGUAUGAUCACUCAGGAGUUGGAUUUAAAAAAUAAUUGAAUGAAAAACUGUUUAUUACUUCACUUAUCCUGUUUUGAAAUAUACAUUUGAAAAUUGUUUCAAAUUCUACAAUCUAGUAAUGGACAUUAGAAAAAGACAUAGAGUAAGAUGAAAAUAGCAAUUGGAAUCUAAACUUGCUCCUUUGAGAGCAGAAUGAGGUUUUUCUAUUGGCAGAGGGAACCAGGAUUCAGAGAAUGCUUUCAGCUAGAGGAAAAAAAGUUUCCCAACUCUCCAGAGCACUUCUUCAUUAGGGGACUGGAGGAAAAGUAUUGGCAAAAAUUACCAAUAUCCUUUUUUUUUUCAGUGUGAACUCCAUUGUGCAUAGUUCUAGAUCCAGUUCAAUAACCUUAAAGAGUUUUUUGUGUGCAUCACAUUACAGCAAUAGGCUUACAAGAGAAGCCUUUUUUAAAAUUAAGAAACAAUCUACUAAAGUAUGUGAAAUGAACAUUCAUGACCUUUGCCAUUCAUGAAAGAUUAAGAAGAUUAAAUAAAUGAUUCUGAAGCAGCAUCCCACAUUUUUCCAACUCAAGAGUUUUCUGUCAAAAUUUUAUGGUAUUAUGUAUAAAUAUAUUCACCAAUUUACAUUUCAACCAUCAAAUAUAUUUUCUGUCACCUAUUUUGAUUUAAUAAUACAUAUAGUCUUUACUGUAAUUACUUUGGCCACAUCUUUACAAUAGUUAAAAAGUAUGAAUUAUGAUUACUACUGCAUUCCCUAGCAAAUACCAAAGAAGUCUGGGCAUAAAUUUUUGUGUAUCUGCCAGGACUCUGCUUAUUUCUCUUUAUGCCUGUAGCUCACCUCAUACUGCUAGACUGUUUUUCUUAAAAACUCCUCAAAAUUUAAGCUUUUUCAGGAGUAGGAAGAAGGCUCAGUCAGAAAGCCUGAGUGCCUGCAUCUCACUCUGGCUCAGUGGUUAAGAUUCUUAUAGGAACAGUUGAUAAAAAGCACUACAACUGAUAUAGUAAUCCAUAUAUAUUCUAGAGUAAGAAAGACCAAUACAAAUACUUGAGUGAAAAAUAAUCAAAAUGGACCUGAAAAAAUGAGUGGCAGAAUGGUUUGUUUUAAUGAUUUUGUUUGAGAACAUAAUAUUUGCUCUUGGAGUAGAAAAGAGAUGAUAAUUAAUGUCUCAGGAAGAUGUUGGGAAUGAUUUGUGCUGAUGUGAUGAAGUCAAAAAAUGAUUAUCUUGCCAGCGUAAUUGAUACUUUAAUGCCUAGUUGCUUUGCAAAGAUAUUUCACUUAAACCUGACAGGAAAUCUUAUUUUAUAAAUUUCAAAAUAUGUGGACAUUAUAUAGUUACAAAAUCAAAUGAAGAGUAAAGGCAGAAAAAUCUUUACAUUUAUUUUAUUAGAAGUAGUGGACAAUUUGGGAACAUAUUCAUUUCUAAUCUAUAUAAUUGUUGAAUACUAGUUAAGCAUUCAUUAUAUUCUAUCUUUUAAAUGCCAUUAGUAGAUCCACAAAGGUGGUUCUUAUUUAAAGAUCUUGAGCAGCUCUUAAGUUGGUAGCUGGAAAAUUUCUUUUGUUUUACUAAAAAUCUAUUUCUUUUUAAAUACCAAUGAAAAAUAGUAUGUUUUCAAGAAAGGUUGUAUUGGGCUAUUGAUUCAUUUAGCAAAUCAAUAAAAGCAAAAUUAAUAUUUAAGUGAACUAAAUAUUUCACAUUCCCCCUCACAUAUUUCUGAACAUGAAGUAAUAUGUAAAUAAUAGACAUGUUCUCUUCCAUGAAGAUGGAACAUAUGGAGGUUUCAUGUGAAAUUAAGGAAUACUUCCAUUACAGAUUUUACCAUAUAAUAAAAGGGCUCAUUAGCUGUUUUCCUAUUUUUGAGGGCAUAACAUUUGUCCAGAGACAAGAAAGUUAUAUCAGAGCCCCAAGAUGCAUAUAACUUCCCUCCUCCCCCCCCCCCCCCCCCGCUGCCAUUCAUAUGCUUGAAUUUAUUCUGGGUGGUGAAUUAUCUUCACUUGUGGCACAAUCCAACCAAAGUUAAGCACCUAUAAGUCCCAUUUAUUUUGAAUGGAAGAUAAGCAGUUGCUUAAUUCUCCAUUGAAAUUGGUGGAACUUUAAAUGUGUUUACUAUUGGUGGGAUAGCACUCUUAUUUCCUUAUAAAUGCUAUUUAUAGCCAUAUUGGUUGUGCUUGAAGGUUGCUAUGAAUAAGGAUAUUUAUCCUUCAGCUCCGAACAUUUUUGUAAUGUGGAUAAACUAUAUGUUGGUCCAAUAAACAAAUUUCCAAUAAUGUUAUGGCCUUCCAUUGAUAUACAUAAUAUUUUCAGGACCCAACAGCACAUGUAGUUGAUAAGGGGCUUCUCUUAAUCUAGCACUUUCAAUUCUGUCUAAGCAAAUAUCUUUACAUGUUGUAUAAAAUAGAUUUGUGUAGUGUUUUGUGAUUAAAUUCAGUUUUGAUUGGCAGCUAAGAUAUUUUUCUGUGGUUUUAAUAAUCUAAGGUCUUUGCAUAUAAAGGAUAUGUACAAUUGCCUGGAAGACUGUUUUUGUUUUUUGUUUUUUGCUUUGUGUGGCCUUAGUAUAUUUAUUGACAUUUUAGCAAGUGUUUUAAAGAAGUUUUUAUAAUAGUGUAAACUGAUGGGAAAAUUUUAACCCUCUCUGUGAAUAAUCCUUUGACACAGUGCAUUUCUUUUGGUAGGUGACUGUACAAGCGUAUCACUGUCAAAGCUAUUUGUUUAAAAAAAAAAAAGUACAAUGGAAUGCAUAGAAUUUUUCCCCUGUAAAGUAUUUUUUUAAUAAACAUAAGUCUGAUUUGUGCUUAAUUAAAA